UAGGAGUAUAUUUGGUUAAAGCAUAAGAUUAUUCUGACCUUUCUGGAGAAAUAAAAUCAAAAACUAGAUAAAAAGGAAUGCUGAACCAUUAUCACAAUGCGCAUGAGGAAAUCGAUCCUGAUGGAAGACAGAAAACCAAGCUAAACAUGUAAGAGAACAACACAUCGAUAUCUAAUACAGAGUAGCUAGGUAGUCACUACACUAACAAGUGAUUACUGGAAAGUGAAAGAAUUAUGCAUUGAGAUUGUAGACAGUGAACACAAUAUUAGAAACUAAACAAGGCAUCCUAGAGAAAGUCCUUGAAGUAUCGGUCCAGUAAAUAUCAAGGCAUUAUGCUUCCUAUCAAACAAUAAAAUGGAAUGAAAAUGCUAAAAGGCACACUCGGAAUGAAAUUAGAAAAAACAUUAGGAGAGUAUGAUAUAAGCAAAUAAGACUUUGAGAGAGUAGCACAUCAUGACCAGUGCUCGGUGUGGAAUCUAAGAUGCAACUAGUUAAAUGCUUCUACAAGCACUAAGCAGGAACCUGAAAAAAAAUCCAUACGCAAUCGAUCAACACAAAUGGGCUUGUAAGUCACUGUGCACGCAUCUACCGCACCCUGCCCAUAUCGACAUGGGGAUCGCCCUGAUCUGCUACCUACAACAUCUGUCAUGGCCCCGCCUUCAUCAGCCUAGUGAACUCCUAAUCUGAAGAGACGUAAAUGAAAUGGGAAAGGCAUGUGAAAAAAAUAAGACAGGGAAGAGAAAGGGGAGAAGGGGGAACAAGGAACAACGGAUUCACCGGGGAUUGCUUCCGCCGCUGCGGUCGAGAUCGUCGAAGCUUCCAGGACCACCACCAUGCUCAAGGUCGUCACCCUUUCCACGGCCACGUCCAGGACCGCUCAUCCAGGGAUUGCUUCCGCCGCUACGCUCGAGGCUGGCUUCCCUUCGACAGCCACGUCGUUAAGCUCCCGCAGCAGCGCCGAGUUCUCGCCAUCGGCUCGUAGAAGCUCCGCCGCUGCCUUGCCCGGGCUCCACCACCUCGGGUGCCCCCCUUCUGGAUCUUUCUGGAUCUAGGAUCCGGGUCAGCGGGAGCGUCCCUUCACCCCGCUGGACGAGGAACUCAGCGAUUCCUCUGUGGUGGCGUGCGUCGGCGGAGCGGGGAGCUCAGGGUCCCCGGCGUGCGGCGGCAACGGGAGAAUCCCGCAGCCUCUGGCGAGUGGCGACGGCGACGCGAGGGUAACACUUGCUCGAUGAUCCCCAUCACAACAGGCUUAAAUCUCUGACGGGCCGGUGCGGAAUUUUCUCGGCCCAAUCGACCAGCUUAGAAAGUACAAUAAAAACAACCAAACCACCCCCAAAUCGACGCGCGUGAGAAGCAAGCAACCCCCGGAACGGAGCCCCCUUUUAUCCCAAAAUGGGCAGCCGCCCCGCGACCGUCGCUCCUCCGCCGCCCCUCGCCGCGAUCCCACAAUAUAACCCCCCCACCCCUCUGCUCCACUCCUCCCCACGACGUCACCCGCGAUCGCCAUGGCGGACUGGACGGGGCUCCACGGGGAUCUGCUCGACCUCGUCGUCGUGCGCCUCCCGUCCCUCGACCUCCUCCGCUUCCGCGCCGUCUGCGCCUCCUGGCGCGCCGCGGCCACCGCCUUCACCACCCGCCGCGGCCAGCCUCGCCCCGACCGCCCCUGGCUGCUCCUCCCCGCCGAUGUCGCAACGGACCACGACCACGGCCGCCUAGUCGUGCGCGCCGACCACGAGGUGCCCGUUGCCACCCUCCCCGCGCGCCUCGGCCGCUUGACCUCGCGCCGGUUCGUGCCCCUCGGCUCCGCGCGCGGCGCGAUCGUGGCCGCCGACGACCGCGGCGAGAUGCACCUGCUCGACCCCGUCACGGGCGGGCGCUGGCCGCUCCCGCCCGUCGCCACGCUCCCGCUCGUCGCCCGCGUCGAGGGCCUCCAGGUCCAGCACCGCGGCGGCGGCGUCCUCCCCGUCGGCGCCCUGAUCCAGAAGGCCGUCCCGGUGCCCACCCCGGACGGCGGGGUGAUGGUGGUCGCCAUCUACCGCCAGCUGCAGCACCGCAACCAGUGGGCCACGGCGCGGCCGGGGGACCGCGCGUGGAAGUCCGUGGCGCCGACCAGCAUCCCGGCCGUGAUCGACGUCGUCGUCCACCGGGGCCAGCUCUACGCCAACACGCGGUACGGGAUGAUGUACAUGUUCCCGGAGCUCCACGGGCUGGGGUCGGCGUCCCCCGAGAUCAUCCCCUCCGUGACGCGCCGCCCGAGCGCGUACGUGGAGCGCAGCUUCUUGGUGGAGUCCCCCCGCGGCGAGCUGAUGCAGGUGGAGCUGCUCCGCCCCGUGCGCGCGGCCGGCGGGGAGGGGUUCGUGGUGCGCGUGCUGGACGAGUGCGGCGAGACGUGGGAGGAGACGGAGGACAUCGGCGACGCCGCGGUGCUCGUGGACGCGACGGGCGCCGUCGCCGCGUCCACCGCGGAGUGCCCCGCGCUGAGGCCCAACACGGUGUACUUCGCCGUGGACCUCGAGGGGGAGACGCGGGUGUGGGCGUACAGCCUCGCGGGCAGGCACAAGCGGAUCGAGGUCGUGGAGGCGCUCCCGACCGCGGAAGGGUACAAGCCGCCGUGCUUCUGGUUCGCGCAGGUGUACUCGCAGCCGUGAAAACGAGUCGUGAUCAGUGGGAAUGGACCACGCCCGCUUUCUUCACCAUCCAACUCAGCUCUAUUCAUUUCUAACUUAAAAUUAUAUAUUAUUAUGAUCCGAUCCCGAUCCUUAAAUUUGCUAGACUACCCCUCCUAGUCGUGAUGCGUUCGAGUUCCGUUCGCUUGUCUACUACUAGGUGUCGGAUGGUUCGUCGAUGAGUUCGUCGGGGGUGCAUCUUGCAAUCUGUCUGUCCUAAGAGCAUGAUGGCGUUGCUGAAUCAUCUUGAUCGAGCACGCUACUCUUUCUUUCCUGUCUGCGUUCUCCAGGCUUCCUCGCUUUGCCUGUGGAUUCUUCCACUUCCGUGUGUCAGUAUAUGCAUAUUUGUCUGGUAACGAUAUAAUUUAUGUGUGUUAUUGUGUCAUGAUUCCUCGGCAUAGUCCUGUUAUUUCGCCCUCGGCAUAUUUGGCGCCCUCCU